UGUGCGAGACGACGUGUUCGAUGCGAAAGGCCAGAUCCGGAGCGAAAAUCCGUUGUCUACACAGCGACGCAUACCUUGACUGAACCCGAGCGAGAGCUAGCGGCGAUGCGAACUCAAUCGGAAUUUGUUCAUGUAGCUGAACAGUCAACGUCGACCGAAUCAAAUUCUGAUGGGAACCCACCUCUUAACAUUCCGGACCCGAUCAGCCCUACAGAAGACCUGCGCAACGAAACAAUUGCUGGUCUCUAUCUUCACUAUAUCGAGCAUCUCGCACCUUGGUACGAUCUCUGUGAGCACGAUCGCUACUUCGAGGCUCUGGUCCCGUCCAGAGCGCUAGAAGUAUCGGUUUUGUUCAAUGCCAUCAUUGCCCUUUCAGCUCAACACAAAACAUUGGGCGAUUCGCGCUACGAUGAUUGCAGCACAUUAUAUCAUAACGCUUGCAUACAAGGGCUUCUCAGUGGACUCGGUGACUUCAACUCAACCCUGCAAGAAGACUAUCUGGUGGCAGCUUGCUUGUUGCGCUCGUACGAGAUUCUAAGAGCCGACUCAAGACAAGAGCAGCGACAUCUCUUGGGCGCAUAUCGUUUCUCAUCGACAGAAGAAAUUGACAUGACCAUGACAGGCUUGCUUCAGGCGGGAGCUUGGAAUUACCUGCGUGAGGAGAUUACAGUUGCACUGGAGUGUCAAAGACCAGUACGGCUGAAUAUUCACCUGGAUAUCCCGAACACAAUCAUUCGAUCAGAGAGCAUGCACGCCAAUAUCAUCACCUACAUCCUGGCACAUGUAAUCAAUCUUUGCUUCAGCGGAGACGAAAACAGAGAGUCCCUAAGCUUCAAGCAAGAUGACUGGAUAGAGCUAAACGCUGACCUUGUCUUUUGGAGGAACAAUUUACCAAUCACUUAUGCAGCAUACUCGCGGGGUCCGAUAUCAGGCAGUCCCUUCCCAUCUGAAUGGUAUUUACGACCAUGGCACACCGAACAAUACUACUUGACUGCAAAGACCUUACUGCAGCUAUACAACCCAGAUACAGAACCUGAUACCAAGAAUGUGGAGAGACUGUGUGGUAUAGCCUAUACAAACGAGAACAGAGCUGUAAGAGUCAAUGCCUUUGGACCUAUGGCU